CUAAUACAGACAUUUCAGGAAAAAAGUUGAGGACGAAAUUGGAUUUUCGGUAAAAAAUGAUAGCGAUAGGUGAACUUCUGUUGGCUUGUUGUGAAGUGCUAUUAAGUUUAGAAAUCAAACCGAAAGAAAAUGGCCAUAUUAGUCACCGCCGACAAUACUUCUCCGUUAAUGGAAGAAGACACCGUUAAUGGAUCCGUCGACUACAACGGCCGCCCAGUUUACCGAUCAAGCUCCGGCGGAUGGAGAUCAGCUUCUUUUAUUAUAGCUGCGGAAGUGGCGGAGAGGUUUGCAUAUUAUGGGAUAGCUUCUAACCUUAUAACAUACCUAACGGGUUCUCUUGGCCAGUCUAUGGCGGCGGCAGCUGAGAAUGUGAACACAUGGUCAGGCACCACCACUCUUCUGCCGCUACUAGGGGCGGUUGUGGCUGAUUCUUUUCUUGGCCGCUACCGUACUAUCAUUUAUGCUUCUAUUAUCUACAUUUUGGGACUAGGCUUGUUGACUGUAUCAGGUGCCCUAACUUCUCAUGAUGUUUCUCCUCCUUGGUCCCAAGUAAUCUUAUUCUUUUUCUCUCUAUAUCUAGUAGCUGUUGGGCAAGGUGGGCACAAGCCUUGUGUUCAAGCAUUUGGAGCUGAUCAGUUCGAUGGGCAACAUCCGAAGGAGAGUAGAGAAAAGAGCUCAUUUUUCAAUUGGUAUUAUUGUACUUCUUCUGCUGGCAUUAACUUAGCACUCAUAGCUGUGGUCUACAUCCAAGAAAAUGUUGAUUGGGUUUUUGGAUUUGGGAUCCCUUGCAUUGCAAUGGUUGUUGCACUUCUUGUUUUCUUACUUGGAAGUAGAACUUACCGGUAUAGUGUCAAUCAAAACGCGACAAACCCAUUUGUACGAAUUGGUAAAAUAAUUUUUAGAGCAGUUAAAAAUCGGCUAAGUACUCCUUCAAGCAUAGAUGCAGAGGAGGAAGCUCAUAGUUGUGGUCCUGAGCAAUUCAAAUUCCUCAACAAAGCAUUGCUAGCGCCACAUGAAUCAAUGGACCAAGAAGCUUCAAAUGUUCGUGAUGUGGAAGAAACAAAGGCGUUGUUUAGGCUUAUUCCAAUAUGGGUCACAAGUUUAUCAUAUGCAAUUGUGUUUGCACAAACAACAACUUUUUUCAUAAAGCAAGGCAGUACAAUGAACAGAACAUUUUUUCCUGGGUUCCAAAUCCCUGCUGCUUCACUUCAAACCUUUAUCGGUUUUGCAAUUAUUAUCUUCAUGCCAUUAUACGAUCGUAUUUUUGUUCCUUAUGCAAAAUCUUUAACUGGGAAUCCUUCUGGAAUUACAAUGCUUCAAAGAAUAGGAACUGGAAUGUUUGUGUCUGGUCUUUCUAUGGUAAUUGCAGCUUUAGUUGAGAAGAAAAGGCUUGAAACUGCUAAAGAAUAUGGAUUGGUUGAUUUGCCGAACAUGACGAUUCCAAUGAAUAUUUGGUGGUUGGUUCCUCAAUAUGUGUUGUGUGGAAUUGCUAAUGUUUUCACCAUUGUUGGGCUUCAGGAAUUUUUCUAUGAUCAGGUUCCAGAGGAAUUAAGAAGUGUGGGUCUUUCUCUAUACCUUAGUGUGAUUGGUGUUGGUAGUUUCCUAAGUAGCUUUCUUGUCUCUGUCAUUGACAAAGCAACAGAUAGAGAUGGAAAAGAGAGUUGGUUUUCUAACAAUCUUAACAAGGCACAUCUUGAUUAUUAUUAUUGGUUACUUGCUGCACUUAGUGUAGUAGGAUUGAUUGCCUACUUGAAUUCUGCUCGAUUAUACAUUUACAAGAGGGCAUAAUUUGUUUUGAUGCCAUAUGAAGCAGAUGAGGCAAUUGAUAUAUGUAAUAAGAUUACCUUUUUAUAUUCUAAGCUCUUCAGCUAUUUCCCUUUAA